AAAAACCGGUUUUCUAUACAAACGCAUGCCUUUCAAUUAAACUGUCAGCCAACUAUCGAGCGUUCAACUAAAAAGCAUGCUAACUAAAAAGCUCUUAUACUAUACUCUUAUUUAUAAUGACCAUAGGAAACAUAAAUAACAUUUUUGAAAUAAUUGAAAUGAGCGAAUAUGAGCAAAAAAAAAACCGUUUAAAAAUGACGGGUAAAAGCAAUGGGGUCAUAUCUAUACACCAGCACUACCCAAAAGCUGAACCUUUCGGCAAGAAACCUUGUGAAGCUUUAGACAGAAUGUUUUAUGUCAUGAGCUUGUCGAGCGUUUGAAAGAUUGCAGACUUAUGUCACACGACCAUCACACCAAUAUAUGUGCAAAGUACUAUUAUAGCAGAAGGGCAUGCGCAGACUAGAUUGCAAUGAGCAGCACUUUUUCAUUGAUUCUUUUCCUACCAGUUUUGUAGCGCGAAGUCAAAGAUUUAGAGUGGUCGAAAUAUAGGACCUGGAAAACGGCAUAUCAAAGUGGUGUUGCUUGAGUGUAGGCACAUUUGCAGACGUUUAGGUUUCACGGCUCUGUAAUGUACCUUAACAGGUUGUAAAUGUUGCGUAUAAAAAUAUGAAAAAUUAAAUGUUGCGUUAUGCGUGAGGCACAACUCCAUAUUUGUCGUACGUGUGUCCGUGUCCAAUGGCAUGCCCAUUAGGUUAACUGUAAGCGAGAAAAGUUACAGCUUAAAGAAAGCAUUGCGUGCAAUCUUUGUGCUAAUAAUGUUCAUGGUAAUGUGAAAAGCAGUGUGUUUAGUAACGAGUACAAAAUCAGUGGUGGUCUCUGCUUACCGAAUGCACCACUCGGUAAUGGUGCUGACGAGCAUGAUAACAGGUCAAAAAUGUUAGCAAGAUAAGCAUGCCGCUUGCUGCUCCAGUUAUUUUUUCCUCACCGCGAACCGUAGUGCACCACCCUGGCUCUUGCCGCCAUUUCGUUUUUCAAUCCAAUUGACAAGCAAUCUUUGGAGCAUGUGUAUGCAAGAGAGCUGAAGGAAUAUAAAUCGGGUCGUACAGAAAGUGAAUAGCAUUCGUAUUCGUGUGCCGUUACUCAAUGGGAUAAAGUGUCACAAUACAUACUAAGUUAAUUUUCCAACAGCAUAUUGUUGGAUCUAUUCAGUUAUAUUCGCAUACUACAUUCUGCUGUGCUACAGUUUAUCUAAUCCUGAACCAAGUUGUUUGUUCCUACGUAAAUUUGAGCAUCGGCAAAAGUGUUUGUAAAGGUAAUUCACCGUGAUUCGCUUCAACCUGAAUCAACACCCAUACGAAAACAAAUCAAAAUAUCCACAAACCAAACCUAAAAAACAGUAGCCAAUUCUAGAGCCGCGGAAUAUAAUAUAGACCGCGAUUUAUUCGCGGCAUAUUAUGUCUCGCGAAGUCUACAGCACAGGUCAAACAAACUCAAACACUACCGGUACUAGAAGCCCUGGUCGAUCAACGAGACGAUUAACUGAACUGCCGACCGUUGACAAGUCGCCUUCACGAGACUACGGCGGAAUCCGAGGAAGACCUUUAGGGCCCAAUAUACACCAAUCACGCUCAGGAACUAAUUCUCCGCUAAACUACAGCUGGAAGUCUUAUCCACACCAUAAUUCAUUUACAGCCAUGGGUAGUCCAUAUUAUCGGGAUAUGGACGAGCCCAUCAGCCCUGCUGGUGGCCACCAUCGCAGCAGAAGUGCAACUCGAGCUCCCACGCACUCGUUGGAGUAUCCUCGCGAGCAAUUGAGAACUCGUUAUCAGUCAUUGGAUAGGGGUCUCGUUGAUCCACACGAUCGUGAAUUCAUACCGAUACGAGAACCACGGGAUCGUUCUCGUGAUCGGUCAUUGGAAAGGGGACUGUAUCUAGAAGAGGAACUCUAUGGCCGACCACCCAGGCAAGCAAUGCCGGAACGAGGGUAUCUAGGCGAUUUACAGGUUCAAAAUGGAGAGUUGCAACGCGAACUGGGAAAUCUAAAAAAAGAGCUCGAACUCACGAAUCAAAAGCUCGGAAGCUCAAUGCACAGCAUCAAAACAUUCUGGUCGCCCGAACUAAAGAAAGAGCGUGCUCUUCGAAAAGAGGAAAGUGCUAAAUACAGCCUGAUCAAUGAUCAGUUAAAAUUGCUUAACAGUGAAAAUCAGAAACAAGCAAUGCUGGUAAGGCAACUAGAAGAAGAGCUUAGAUUACGAAUGAGGGCACCGAAUAUAGAAAUGCAACAACAAAUGGAGGCUUUAUAUGCAGAAAAUGAACACCUCCAACGAGAAAUAUCAAUAUUGCGCGAUACUAUUAAGGAACUGGAACUGCGAAUAGAAACCCAAAAACAAACGCUUCAAGCAAGGGAUGAAAGUAUAAAAAAGUUAUUGGAAAUGCUUCAAAGUAAAGGAAUGGGUAAAGAAGAAGAGCGACAAAUGUUUCAACAAAUGCAAGCUCUUGCUCAGAAACAGCUGGAUGAUUUUCGUUUGGAAAUCACACGUCGUGAUCAAGAGAUUAUGGCAAUGGCUGCCAAAAUGAAGACUCUCGAAGAACAACAUCAGGAUUACCAACGUCAUAUUGCCGUUCUGAAAGAAUCACUAUGCGCCAAAGAAGAACAUUACAAUAUGUUGCAAUCAGAUGUCGAGGAACUCCGUAAUAGGUUAGAGGAAAAAAAUCGCAUGAUUGAAAAAAAAACUCAAGGCACAAUGCAUACUGUUCAGGAAAAGAAUCGUCUACAGACCGAACUCACCGAGCUGAAAGAACACAUGGAUAUUAAAGACAGGAAGAUAAACGUUCUUCAACGAAAAAUUGAUAAUUUAGAAGAUUUGCUUAAAGAGAAAGAUAACCAAGUCGACAUGGCACGAGCAAGGCUUAGUGCAAUGCAAGCCCAUCAUUGCAGUUCCGAAGGAGCUCUGACGAGUUUGGAGGAGGCUAUCGGCGAUAAGGAAAAACAGAUGCAACAACUGCGCGAUCAGCGUGAUCGAGCUGAAGCGGAAAAAAAAGAAGAACGAGAGUUGCAUGAACGAGAGCUGGCCGAAUUUAAGAUGAAGCUUCAUUCUCUUGAUAGCGAGGUAGAAAAGUUAACAACUCGCCUCCAUAGAGCUCUUGCAGAGAAAGAUCGUUUGGAAGCUAAAUUAGAGAGCUCGCAAAGCGAACUCGGCAAGUCGAAGGCAGAGCUAGAACAUAAAACGGCAAGCGAUGUGGGUCGCAGUGGAGCAGAUUGGGAUCACGCAAAACAACGGUUAUCUCGUUUAGAAUUGGAGAAUGAACGUUUACGUGCCGAAUUAGAACGAUCACAGACUACUUUUGGCAGAUCAACGCUGACCACAUCACAAGAACUUGAUCGAGCCCAGGAACGGGCGGACAAAACCACAAACGAACUGCGGCGCACGCAAGCUGAGCUACGAGUGACACAAGAACAUACGGUACACGAUUUUACUGACGCUGAACGAUCAAGAGCGGAAGCUGCCGCCUUACAAGAGAAAUUAGAGAAGAGUCAAGGCGAAGUCUAUAGACUCAAGGCUAAGCUUGAAAACGCACAAGGUGAACAGGAAAGCUUGAAACAGGAAAUGGAAAGAGGCCAGGCUGGUAUACAACGAAUUGUUAGUGAAAGAGAUAAGGCGUACGCAGAGCUCGAAAAAAUACGCGAAGAACUAGAACGUACACAGGCUACUCUCGGCAAAUCGCAGCUUACCCAAGAGAAACUACAGAAUUCUCUCGACAAAGCACAAAAUGAAAUUGAUCAUUUGCAGGAGAAAUUAGAUAAGAGCGGUGGAGAAACCCGCAGGUUGCAACUCGAAAAAGAGAAAAUCAAUUAUGAAUUUGAAAAUAUUCAGUCGCAGUUAGACAAAUCUUUGGGCCAAGCUUCACGUAUUCAAAAAGAGAAAGAAGCCGCACAAAUGGACCUCGAUCGCUAUCGAGACAAGGCGGAUAAAUUACAGUCAUCCCUUGCUCGUUUGCAAAAGGAACGCGAUGUGCUUAGUGAUGAAUUAGAAAAAUUGAAGGAAAAAUCCGAAUCUACUCAGAGUACAGCACUCAAAUACCAACGAGAACGCGAUGCUAUACAGACAGAACUUGAGGUAGUAAAAGAACGCUGGGAAAAAGCACAUCAGGUACACCAAAAGCUUCAGAUGGAACGAGAUGAUGCAACUACCGAGAUCGAUAUAUUAAAAGAGAAGCUUGAUAAAGCACUGUAUGCUAGUCAAAAGUUGAUUGAUGAGAAAGACACUUCCACUAAAGAGUUUGAGAAGAUGCUUGAGAAGUAUGAUCGUGCCCAAAAUGAAAUCUAUCGACUACAGUCACGAGUCGACACGGCCGAAGCUGACCGCAAUCGUUUAGAGGUAGAAGCUGAACGUUCUGCACUGGCAGCAGCUAAAGCACGGGAAGACUUACGUAAAAUCCAAGAGGAAACUACGCGGCUCCAGGAAGCAUGCGACCGUGCAGCAAUGCAGCUGGGUCGCUCGAAAGAACUCGAAGAUAAGGCAAAGGAGGAUGUAGAUAUGAUUCGCGAGAGGCUUGAUAAAUGUCAAACUGAUUUGCGUCGAGCACAAUCAGAAAAGGACAAUCAACAGGCAGAAAUUGAGCGGCUAACCUAUGAACUAGAUCGUUCGCACAAUCUGUACACUAAACAAACGGCUUCGCUUGACUCGGCUCAGGAAGAAAUAGCACGCUAUGGACUGGAGAUCGAAAAGAUGCGUGAGCGCUAUGAAAAGACGGCAGCAGAACUGCGACGCUUACAAGAGAAUGAAUCCUUCUCACGUGAAGCCCGGCGUAUGAAGGAUGAAAAUGACCGAUUGCGGGAAAAGUACGACAAGGUUAUCGUGGAGCUAGAAAACUUCAGAGGCAAAUCGCAAUAUGAACAGGAGACGUUCGAUAAAAUGAAAGAGAAGUUUGAGACACGAGAAAAUGAAUUCCAAACCAUGGAGCUAAAGUUACACGAAACCAGCCUACAACUCGAUCUGGCUAGAGCAGAAGUAACUAAGCUUAUCUCAAAUCAAGAUAAACAGCGAGCCGAUGCAGAACGUGCUCACAUUGAAUAUGAAAAAAUACGAGACAAGCAUGAGAAACUCAUCAAGGAAGUCGAGCGAUUGCGGCAGAAUCCGCAAUCUGCUAUCAGCCCCGGAGCGUUGGCCGCUACCAGUACAGUAAGCUUAGCAGACAAAAACGAACUAGACCGUUUGCGCGAUCGGCUUGAAAAGGCGCUGCAAAGCCGAGACGCCACCGAGAUGGAGGCAGGACGUUUGGCAAAGGAACUAGAAAAGGCACAGCUACAUCUGACGAAACAACAAGAAGUCUAUGAAGCGACACGUAUUGAGUUUGAGCGUAUGUCUGCUGAACUGACACGUGUGCUCGAGCGGCUGGAAAAAUCUGAAGCCGAAAAGGAAACCCUUCGCCAAUCUACUAAGAUCUAUGAAAAACAUCACCAGCAACAUGCCAGUAACCACCAUAUAGAGCAAAGUCUCAUGAAACUCGAGGCUGAUAACAAACAGCUGAUGGCCGAACGCGAUCAACUAGUGAUGCAGCUGGAAAAGAGCCAGGAUAUGUUAAUGAGUUUCCAGCAGGAGCUUAACGCAGCUGAAGUGGAACUGCAGCGUCAAUGUGAAGAAAAUCGCCGGCUUAAGAGCUCUCCUCAACAGCCAGGAAGCGCUCCUGCUGCACCUCAACAAGGCCAAGCUGCGGCCCAGGAAAUACAGAACUACAAGAAGGAAAUUACAAAGCUGAAACAAAUGCUUCAGGAAACGGGGGCUCGUGGAGAUAAUGAGCUCGAACAGUGGCGUAAAGUUGUGGAGCAGGAGAAAAAUCGAGCAGAUCAAGCAGAAAAGGCGGCCAUUGAAUUACAGAAGCGAAUGCAGGUAAUGGAGCAACAGUUGAAGCAACAACUCUUACAAAUGACCAAUAUGCAGAAACAAUUGCAACAACAAUCAACACAACAACAACCACCACAGCAAUCGCCGUCAAAUAAAAAGGAGCUAGAAAAAUUACAAGAAGAUCUUAAAACAGCUGCUGCACAACGCGAUCAAUUCCAAAAUCAGUUGGAGUUACUGGUGCAGGAAUUAGAAAAGAGCCAAACAGAGGCUUUGGAAGCGACCAAAAAGACUCAACAGCAACAACAGCAGGUUGGUCAGCUACAGCAACAAAUACAGCAGAUGCAACAACAACUGCAACAAGCAACGCAGGCAGCUAAUCAGAAGGUAGCUCAAAAUGCAGGCGUAAGUGAGGCGGAGCGUAAGCAACUAGAAGCACAAAUGAAACAAAUCGAAGACGCAACUCGACUGUUGGAGAGCGAAAGAAAAACGUUUGAAGAUCAGCGCAAAGCUAUCGAAAACAAGCGCAAAGAGCUGGAAGACAAAGAAAAAAAUCUUAUUGAGUUUGACAAACAACUUAAGAAACGCAAAGAACAAAUGGACCAACUAGAAAAAUCAUUACAAAAGGCCGGCGGAACUGCUGCUGCUGCUGGAGAAUUGAAUAAACAGUUAACAGAAACCCAGCAGAUGCUAGAUAAAGCAUCAAAGGAACUAGAGGAUGCAAAAGAAGAAGCCAAGCGAUCUGCUGCUGAAACGGAACGACUCCUCCAGUUGGUGCAAAUGACACAAGAAGAACAGAAUCAGAAAGAAAAAACAAUAAUGGAUUUGCAGCAGGCCUUAAAAAAUGCUCAAGCAAAAUUGAAAACAGCACAAGCACAGCCACAAGAUGCGGGACCAGCAGGUUUCCUCAAGAGCUUCUUCUAAAAUGGGUUUGCUUUUUUGGAUUAGUGAUUGGUGUACUUUAAUUUUUAUUACACCAAUAACUGGGUCUUACUUAAAUGCGACUAGAAACAAAAAACAACUACAAUAUCGUAAUGAGAGUACAACUAUUAGUAGUAAUUUCUUUAAGAGAACCUGAAUGGGUUGCUGCUAGCUUCAAUUGAGAAUGGUAAGUAGUUUUACAACCUUAUGGUUGGUAAAUUAUUUGUUAUGUUGAAUUCACUAAAUGUGAUUUCGUAAACAAACUGUACAGUAAGAAUGGUCGGAGAACAACCAACAUAGAAACAUAUGUAACGCUGGUUCUGUUAUCGUUACGCGUUUUGGUAAAAUCUAAAGCCAUGUAACAAAUAAUUUGGAAUACAAAUCCCAUCCAUACGUUAAACAUCAAUGACAACAACCAAAAUAGACAUUUUUGUUAAAUCUUAGUAGUUCUGUUAAAUCUUGGCUAGUAUCUAAGCCACUUCUCCCACUUUAUCAUAAGCAAUAAUUCUGUAAAGUAUCCAGACAGCCAAAUUAAGGGUUGAUUGAACUAGGAGAUUAAACAAUAAAACGCAAGUAGCGAUCACUAAAAUAUAUUUAGCAAACCAGAUGAACACUUGCUGCCAUUUAUUAUUAUAUAAAAUAAAACAAGAACCCUUUGCAAGAGUGAUUUUUGACAACCAAAAAAUAUCAUGUGCAAUAUUAUUACUCUUCAUCAAUAGACCAUGGAUGAGAAAUGAAGAGCAAUUUCAAAUUACGAUACGACACAGCGCUGUUGAGUUGCGAACCAGCUAAAAAGAAGUUUACACUUCCUAACUAUCGUUACAGAGAAUCACAUUUGAAUGAAGCAGUACUUAGUUUAAUGAUCCUAGCAUAGAGAGAAACUACACUCUUGUAAGCAAAAUCAUGAGCGACCAGUUCUGAGCCACCGUAAAUGUUUAAUAUGUAUUAUCAAAUUACAUGGCAGUAAAAUACAAAUCAAUUAGUUAUGUAAUAUUCUACGCACCUAUGUAUUGUACGAUACAUUAAAUAAGAAACAAAGCAUGUAAACAAAAACUACACACAAAAUCACACACAAUAGACAAUAAUAGAAUUCAAAGGCAAGUGUGUAAUCGCUAUUUGUACCGCAUCGCAUUCGCUCGACAUUGUCGGUCCAACAAAAUCGUGCACUAUACCUAUUGUUUUACUGUGUCCAAUUAAUAAUACCCUUCAGCUUCAGACGAAGUAAAACUAUCUAACGCUUUCUAGAAAAUCAGGACCAAAUCGUUAGUAGGUCUUGUACACUGCUAAAAAACAAACAUAUGCACGAUAUUAAAUCUAUAACUGAUAUUAUACGCUACCACUAUCUGUAACAAAAUCGAUGGUUAGUAUACAAUAGUCUACUGUUUUUUUUAUAUUGUAUUUUAAUUAUAAAUAUUGUGCGUAGAACUAGUUUCAAGUUUUUCUUUCUGGGCAUUUCAAUAAUCGAAACGGUUCUAAAAUGCAGAGUUUGUGUUCGAUCGUUAUGGUAAAACUUAUCGUAAAAGUUAAAGGUAGUAGUGAAUAAAAUUAUUUAAACACUUUA